AUGAGUAAAGCCUUACAAUAUAAUACUAUAUCUAAGGGAGAUUAUCUCACAUAAAAGAGCAUCCCUAAUUCUGCUCCAAUGCUGAGACCCUAAUCAGAAAUGGUUAAAUAAUCUCAAGUAUCUCCUCCAGUUUAAGCUCCAACUGAUGUGAUAGCAAGUUAACCAAUUUAUAAAGAAAAGUAAGAAAAACCAUAGAAAGAUGCUCCAUUUGAGAGAAGUAUGUUUCCAUAGAGUGAAAUCCCAUUAUAAAGUGCACCUAUUAAAAGCACAAUGAUUAAUACAUAGCAGCAAAUUGCAAGCUAAUCUAAUAUUCCACAAUAGCAAUCCAAUGUAUCAAAUUAAAACUAGAUUCAAAUUUUGCAAUAAUUGAAAGGUUUACAAUUGGAAAAUUAAGAAUUAAGAGCCUAAUUGAUAAAUUAAACUCGAGAAAUAAUGAAUGCUGGAGCAUUAAAAAGUGAAAACGCAGCUCUUAGAGAGAGAGCAGAUGAGUUGAAAAUUAUUGCAGAUCACGUUAAAGAGGCUGAUGCUUAAAAUCAAGCAAUGAAACGAUAAGUGACUGAGUUAUAAACUUAAUUAGGCUAGCUUAAGGCUUAAAAUGGAGAGUUAUAGAAAGUGGCUGAUGAGGUAGAGUAGGUCAGAAAAGAAAUAGCAACUUAUAAGGCCUUUGAGAUGCAGUAUAAGGAAUUAUUAAGAUAAACUUUAUAAUUAAAGUCAGAUCAUGAUGCAUUAAAUAAACAGUUUAAUAAGUUAUUGAGUGUUUAGGACGAAAAUAAAAGAGUAAGUUAGUAAUAUGACUAAUAAGUAACUGAAAACGAGUAAUUAAGAAAAUAAUUGGCAUAAUAAGAAAAGGACAAUCAAUUAUUACUUAAUGAUAAUAUUAGUAUGAAGUAAUUAUUAGAUCAACUCAACUUUGACCAUAGAAGUUUAAGGUCUUAAUUUGCUAAAUUGCAAUAAUAAUAAUAGUCAUCAUAUGAAGAAAACCAAAAAUUGAAAGAUAACAUAUCAUAAUUGGAAUUGGAAAUUGUAUAAUUACGAUCUAGAAAUGAUGGUCUAUAAAAGUUUGUUACUGCAGUAGAUACUAGAGAACAAGAAAUAGGAACUCUAAAAUAUCAUUUAGGAAUGUGUGAAAAUAAUAUGAAAAUUGUUUAAUAAAAUUAUGAUGCUUCACUUAAAAAACUAGAAUUGUAAAGAAAAGAUAUCGAAUAAUUAAUUACUGAUAAUAAUCUGCUAAAAGGGUAGUUAGAGCAUUUAACAUUAUAAAAUAGAUAAUUAAAUGAAUUACAAUGGAAGAAUAAAGAACAAGAUCAUUAGACCAAAUAAUUGACUGAAGAAGUCAAACGAUUAAACAGUCUUUUGUUGGUAAAAAAUAAUGAAUGUAACUAAUAUAAAAAUGAUGCAUAAAGAUUUCAUUCUUAAUUAAUGAGUUUGCAGAAUACUGAAAAUUUGAACAAAAGAAUGAAUGAGUAAAUACAACAAAUGGAUUAGGACAUAUAGUUUUUACGGAAAAUGAAUUAAGAUCAAUAAAUGCAAAUUAAACAGCUAGAAGAAUUUAGAUACAAUACUAUUUAUAAUUUAAAAUCAUAAGAUUUUAGCAGUAAAUAAAAUCCUUAUUGA